AUAGAUAAAUGUCCCAAGACAACCAUCUAAAUCACCAAGAACUGAAUGAUGAAAGCCCGCAUGUGAUCAUUGGUGUUGGUGAUCAUUUUCGAUCACACUAAUGAGGGAGUGACGAACAGUUAAAAUAAAAAAAACAAAAGUAAUAACUCACCAUUAGUUAAUUUUAAAAAAACAAUUCAGUGUUUUUAAAUGAAUUCAGAACUGAUAAGUGGACUGAAUGAAAAUAACCUCGUUUUAAAUACCACAUAUACAUACAUAUAUAUCCAUUGUUAUAAAUUAACGCAACAAUACUAAUACUAAAUCCAUAUAUAUAAAUAUACAUAAAUAAAAAAAUAUGAUUUGGGUACACGAUUGAAUCUCCAAGGAGUUAAUCGUGUUAUAGUUCUGUAGCAAACGUAAGAUUAAAGUCCACGGUGAUUACAGCAGCUUUUAAAUAAUUAUUUAAAUUUAAAUUUAAAUAAUAAUAAUAAUAAUAAAGUGUUCACUAGGAGUUAAUAUGAUAUAUUAUUUAAUUUAAAUAAAUAAAUAAACUAUUUAAAUAAUUGUAAAAACUAGAUAAUUAAAUAUGCAAUCAAUUUAUUGGACUGGAAGAAUUCUAUCACGAGCACUUUGGAAUGGAAUUUCAAGCUACACAACCUGUGCUGACCCAGCAGUUGUCAAAAAACGUGAAGCGUCACUUAUAUCCGCUGUCUGCGGGUUUCCAAAAGAUUUUUCCCGUGGGAGAAUAAGAAAAGGACAAUUUGGAGACGACGCCUGGUUCACUGCUAAAUUUAAAGCUGUCGAAGUUAUUGGAGUCGCGGAUGGAGUUGGGGGUUGGCGUCACUACGGCAUCGACCCGGGUGAAUUCUCGAGCUACUUGAUGAAAACUUGCGAACGUCUAGUCUCUUUAGGUAAAUUUGUUCCCAAUGAACCUGCAGGUUUGUUAGCGAGGAGUUACUACGAGCUGUUGGAAAAUAAACAGUCGAUUUUAGGAAGUAGUACUGCGUGUGUUAUUGUAUUAAACAAAGAAACAAGUAGUAUUUACGCUGCUAAUAUUGGAGACAGCGGAUUCGUCGUUGUAAGAAAGGGCAAAGUCGUUCAUCGUUCCUCUGAACAGCAGCAUUACUUCAACACUCCGUUCCAAUUGUCGUUACCACCACCUGGACACUCUGACUUAGUUCUCAGUGACAGUCCAGAGUCUGCAGACACGUCGAGCUUCGGCGUAGAAGACGGCGACGUAAUUCUUUUAGCAACAGACGGCGUUUUUGAUAAUGUUCCAGAUCAGUUACUAGUCACAGAGAUGAUUAAAGUCGAGGGAGAAAGGGAUCCUAGUAAAAUUCAAGGUGUUGCUAAUACGAUAGCUUGGAUGGCACGAAGCCUUGCAUUUGAUGCUGAUUUUUUGUCACCUUUUGCUCAAAGUGCCAGACAAAAUGGUAUCGAAGCUAUAGGUGGGAAGCCAGAUGACAUCACGGUGCUAUUAGCUACAAUAGCAAUCUAAUUAAUUAACUAAUGAACAUGUAUGAUAAUUUGUCCCCGUCUGAUACUCACUUGGUCAUUGUAUUAUAGCUCAUCCUCAUGUCAUACAUGUACCAUAUAAAUAAAUAUUAAUUUAGAUUAUUUCACUCGUAACUGUACUCCACUGUUACCAUUAAAUUAUUUAAUGAGAAGUGGUAGAAAAAAUCCAUAGAAAAAUGUGUGAUAAUAAAUUUCGUUAGCUUUUUUUUCUUUUAA